AUGGAUUACAUGAAUUUAGGGGUGAGAUCCCGGAAAACGGGUCUUCAGGUCAAAGAAAACAUCGAGAAAGAUGAGUUCUCCAUGGAGAACGUAGACGAUUUCUUCAAAGAAGAUGAAAGUACAAUUAGUUUGCGCAGGCGCAGUCGGAAAUCAUCGCUUUUCCAAGUUGGCUUUUUUGAUAAUAGAGAGUUGCUUCCAUCGCUACCAAGCCGUCCUGCAUCUGAGACAUUAAAGUGGAGCAAUGCUGAUGGAUCUAUCGAUGUUAUACCGCAGGAACCAGAUGAGGACGAAGUUUUGGAGGACGCGAAACGAGAGUAUGGUGAAGUACAACAAUCUGAAUGGCCUCAGAGCCCUGCAAAUGUUUCGCUACAGACACCACCAGGAUCUCACCUACCAUCAAUGGCCGAGGAGGAAGAAGACGGUGCUAAUGAGCCUUAUCGAACGAGAUCUAAGUUUCUUUCCAGGCGGGAUGACACUUAUCGAGAUAUCCCUGAUCUUGUUGAAGAUGACGAAUAUUCAAGGGCAGAUACAACGCUCAACACGUCAGAUAACGCUCUGCUUCGAGAGGAGUUAGGCGGUGACGAUUACGAAAAUGAAAGCGAAAGUGAUGCCGACUAUAUUGAGGGUAUGUCCCUCCUGCAGGAAAAUUCAGACAUGAAUGCUAGGAGUGAUGAAAGUAUGAGCGAUACAACAAUGUCAGAUGAUUCUGCCUAUAAACCCUUGACCUUGAAUCGCUCUAAGAUCUUCCCAGCUUCGAAAACCACAAGUAAUUACGUUAGCCAAAGCUCUUCUGAAAGUGAAUCAGAUAGGGAUUUCAUCAGAAGUCAAGCUCAAGAAUUCGAAGCAGAUGGCCCAGGAGAACAUUCUGCGGGUCUUAGACGGUCAAAGAGGGUAAAGAUAGCACCAUUAGAGUAUUGGAGGAAUGAAAAAGUCGUCUAUAAAAGAAAGUCAGCGAAGCCCGUCCUGGACAUCGACAAAGUAAUAACUUAUGAAGAUGAAGAAGAUGAAGCUGAAAAAGACGAGUUGACUGCUAAGAAAAGAAAAUCGUAUAACUACAAUCCUAGUGGGCGUCCUCGCGGCAGGCCUCGAAAGUCGAGAAACAGAGAGGUAGUCACAAGCAAUGUAAAGCUCGAUAUGAAAGAUCUUGAGAGUUUGACGGGUAAAAAGUUAGAAAACGCGGAUUGGCUGGAAGGAGGUUCUUUGCAUUCAAAUGUAAGGAAUUCGAGAGGCGAAAUAGGUAAAGUGUGCUUAGCGUUUGCUCCGAACAAAUCCAAAUAUCAACAGGUAAGGCGCUCUGAGACGAACAACUUCCUGAUGUCGAUUCUGUUCGACGAUCAAAAAGACGUUUUCGCGAGUGGCUUCAUUACGUUACCUCCGGAAGGAAUCAAGGCUCCGACUGGUGCAGCAGAUACAACUUUGGUGUUUUGUCUGAUCCAGGGGGUUAUAGAAUUUCAGAUCGAGGAAACAAAAUUCAUUGGAACGCCGGGAACUUCCUGCCGAAUUCCCGCGUUUAACAAAUAUGCCUUGAAAAAUAUGAUGUCAGCGGAGGCGAAAAUAUUCUUCGUUCAAAUUGCGUUACCAUCGGGGCAGUCGAAACUCAUGGGGUCUGAGAAAUCCGAGGCCGGGAAUAAUGACGGUACGUCUGAAGAUCACAAUUAUUUAACAAGCGAUAUGAGUUUAGUUCGAAGUUAA